AUGUCAACUACGCAUCACCCGGAUCCAAACAAAACCGACAUGGCCGCCAGGCUAUCGUUCGUGAGCAACUCGCAGCCCAAGGACAUCGAGGAUGGCAACCACUACACGACGGUCAAGACUCCCGACCCAAUGGCGAUUGAAGGCGGAGCGCUACGUGAAGGUGGCGCUCCCGACCUCAAGAGCAAGGACAGUCUCGGUCUUCUCGUCCAGUACGCCGCCAUCGGUCUCAACUAUGGCGUGUUGCCGGCCACGAUCUACCCGUUCCUGCAAAACUACCUGAACGCGUCCGGUACUCAAGUGACGACGGCGCAGACACUGGUGGUGCUACCGUGGACCUUCAAGUGCUUCUACGGUAUCCUGUCGGACUGUGUACCACUGUGGGGAUACCGUCGCCGUCCGUGGAUGGUAAUUGGAUGGCUUAUCUGCUUGCUCGCGCUGGUCAUCAUGGCCUGUAUGCCCGAGGGAGACCCGUACUACACGGUGUCGUCCGACCGCGACAUCAAACCGGCUGAAUACACGGACGAGAUCCGGGCACGCAUCAACUUCGACGCGUCUUCGCAAGCUGGCAAGUACGUCAUGCUCAUGUUCCUCGCUGCUGUAGGCUACGUGCUGUCGGACGUGUGCGCCGACAGUAUCGUGGUGGACUUCGCGCAGCGUGAGCCGAUCGAGACCCGUGGCAAGACCCAGUCCGCCAUAUACGCCGUGCGUACCGUGUUCGUCAUCAUCGGCCAGUUGCUCACCGGUUUCUGCUUCAACGGCGACCAAUACGGCGGCGACUUCGAUUUUUCCAUCACUUUCCCGCAGCUCAUGAUCAUCCUCGCCGUGCUGACGGUACCGGUCAUUCCGAUGACCUGGUUCUUCAUCAAGGAGGAGAAGAAGCCGCGCAUGAACCUCAAGAACUACAUGGUUGAGCUUUGGGAGCUCGUUCAGAAGCGUGUCAUGUAUCAAGUCAUCUUCUUCACCUUCUUCCAGGGAAUGUUCUCGACCAUCUCGUACACGGCCAGCUCCCCCGUACAGUCGUACAUGGUGGGUGUUACGCCGAUUAACAGUACUAUCAGUGAGAUCAUUGGUAACGUAUGCUUCUUUACGGGUAUCAUGGUCACGUCCAAGUGGGGUCUCCACUGGAGUUGGCGCUGGAUGAUCCUCUUCACGGGCGCCUUUGUGAUGAUCGUCGACGGUAUCACGACCUUCAUCACGAUCUGGAACGUGUUCCGAAGCCAGUGGUUCUGGCUCGGAUUGCCUAUGGCGGUGCAACUCCCGUACGGUGUUGGCUUCAUGAUUUCUUCCUUCGUCAUCGUCGAGUUGUCGGGUAUCGGCAACGAGGGCGUCGUGUACGGUCUCAUCACGAUGGUUUCCAACCUCGCGACGCCGUUUGCGACAGCCAUGACGCUGGUGAUCGACCAGCCGUUUGACUUGACUACGGAGCGUAUCCAGGAGGACGACAAGUCCAUCCGCACGGACAUCACGUAUGCCGUGAUCAUCAUGUAUGGCAUGACGGCCUUCUCGUGGGUCUUCCUGGUUUUCCUGCCUCGUCAGAAGGAAGAGACGCAGGAACUGCUACGUACGGGUGGCAGUAGCAAGAUUUUCGGCGUGCUCACGGUGGCCUACCUCACGUUCGCGUUUGUGUGGUCGCUCAUGACCAACAUCAUGGCCAUGUUCGAAAGCACGUCGUGUCUGAUGAUCGCUGGAGGUAGCGGCUGUUAAAUGUGCUUCUCUGCUAGUUUGAUUCACUACAUCUGCGUAGUACUUGUUUGACAUCUUUGCGUAUUGGAGUCGUACGAAUGAAGGCGGCGGAAUAGUGCACAGCUUUGUUUCAUAGUA